AUGUCUUCAAAGAAGGUAGGAAGUGGAAAGGACAGCAGCAAGAAGAAAAGGAUGCUGUCAGUCGAGUUGAAGCAGGAAAUUAUAGAAAAGCAUGAGAGAGGUGUGCGUGUGAUGGAACUCGCCAAAAUUUAUGACCACAGUACGUCCACGAUAUGCACAAUACUAAAGCAAAAGGAGACCAUAAAGAGUGUAAAAGUAGCAAAAGGCACCGUAAUUACACAGCAAAGGUCGGCUAUCCACGAAGAAAUGGAAAACCUGCUGUUAUUGUGGAUAAAAGAGAAAGAGUUGGCAGGAGAUAUGCUUACUGAAACAGUCAUAAGCGAGAAAGCUUGCAUCAUUUCCAAUGACCUGAAGCAGAAAGAACCAUCCACAUCUACGGAUGUAGUAGAACCAGAAUUCAAGGCUAGUCAUGGAUGGUUUGAUAGAUUUAAGAAGCAAUCAGGCAUUCACUCUGUCGUAAGACAUGGCGAGGCAGCAAGUGCAGACCAGAAGGCAGCUGGCGAGUUCAUCACACGUUUCGCGCAGCUCAUUGAGGCAGAAUGUUACAUCCCCCAGCAAGUUUUUAAUUGUGACAAGAUGGGGCUUUUUUGGAAGAAAAUGCCCCGUAGGACAUACAUCACAGCAGAGGAGACAAAGAUGCCAGGACAUAAGCCGAUGAAGGACCGCCUCACCCUUGCAUUGUGUGCAAAUGCUAGCAGUGACUUUAAAGUGAAGCCACUGCUAGUCUAUCAUUCAGAGAAUCCUCAAGCCUUUAAGGCUCACAGGCUUCUUAAAGAAAAACUGCACAUGAUGUGGCGCGCCAAUCCAAAGGCAUGGGUUACACGGCAGUUUUUCAUCUACUGGGUAAAUCUCUGCUUUGGACCUGCGGUGAAGAAGUAUCUUCAAGAAAACAAACUGCCUCUGCAAGUGUUACUCGUCCUCGACAAUGUUCCAGCCCACCCGCCCGGUCUCCAAGACAACAUCCGGGAAGAAUAUCUAUUCAUAAAAGUCCUCUACCUCCCACCCAACAUGACUUCAAUCCUGCAACCGAUGGAUCAGCAGGUAAUUUCCAAUUUCAAAAAGCUCUACACGAAGCAUCUGUUCAAACGAUACUUCGAUGUGACAGAAAAUACGGAGCUAACACUCCGAGAGUUCUGGAAAGAACAUUUCAACAUCGUGCAAUGCCUACGCAUGAUUGACCUGCCGUGGAAAGAAGUGACCAGAAGAACACUGAAUUCUGCAUGGAAGAAGUUAUGGCCUGAUGCGGUUGCAGCGAGGGACUUUGAAGGAUUUGGCCUUGAUACCGAGACCGAGACCAACAUGCCCGACGUAGAUCCAGUGCAUGAAAUCGUGUCCCUCGGCAAGUCGAUGGGUCUGCAGGUUGACGAGGGUGAUAUCAACGAGCUUGUCGAGGAACAUGAGGAGUAA